AUGCCGCGGCAACAAUCUCGCCGGCAUCGACGCCCUCCUCGCAAGUUUGUAAUCAAAAGCACCUUUGGUAACCCACGACGGCCAAGGAGCCGGAAGAACCGUCCAUGUGACGCUUGCCGGAAACGCAAGACAGCAUGCGUUAUUGCAACCGAUCCGCCUUGUCAGUCGUGUAGACGGAGAGGCAUCGCAUGUCAGUCCACCUCCACGACAGUAAGUGACGCCCAAGACAUACAACGGCCUGCCAUUCUUCAAGACGGGGCACAAGAGGAUGAACCGGAGACCGCCCAACAACAGCAAUUGCAGUCGAAUACUUCCAAUCAUGGUAGCUCAUUCAAUGUAACAGCACCACCAAUCGCCAAUCGUGUGCCGCCAAGCCCGUCUCAACAAGCAGCAGUCCCUUAUUAUUUAAGCCCAACAACUCUGUACCAUCAACCAGACUCCUUCCUGCCGCAAUGUAGCGACCCAGCUAUCUUGGUGCAUCAAAACUUCGUACACAGCCCAGUGACCUCGUCAACGGCAGAUACAGAAACUGUGCGGACGAUACUACUCAGAGACCAGACCAUACUAAGCAAUACUACAUAUACACUCGAAGACAUUCCAGGACGUUGCGCAUACUUUUUGGGACGGCCGAGUGAGCAAGACGGCUUCCUCCUCGACUCAUUCAAAUACGGCAUCCUGAGAGACAAUUUUAGUCUAUCUGCGAAUAUUGCACAGGUUCAAUCAUACAGCACAUCAUCAUCUACAACGGAACAGAGUCCAAUCCACUUCCUUCUCCUACGGAUAGAACAUCCAGAUCACGUCAAAAGAGCCAAGCAGCAAGUCUCGGACGCUAUCGAGAGCAAGGUGUGGCCAUUUGGCGAUAACCUUGUUCGAUUGUUCUUCCGCCAUGUCCAUCCCGCUUUUCCUAUAGUAUCUAAAGUCCGCUUCCUGAGCAGAUAUCACGCCGACAAAAAGAGUAUUCCUGCAUGCUUGCGAGGAGCUAUCUACGCGUUGGCAUCUGUAUUUUGGGAUCGUAACUACACACUGAAGGAUAAAUCCAUGCCUUUUGUACAGCAUGAACUUACCGAUUACGCGCAUCAAGCUCUCCGGAGAGAGAUGGAAAAUCCUAACCUCUUCAUUCUACAGGCAUGUCUUCUCCUUCAACAUGUAACGCCGCCAGCGAUGGACACCCUCGAAGCUCCUACGACAUGGACAUCAUCUGCUCAGGCAACGGCGUGUGCGCAAAUGAUAGGUCUGCAUGUUGAGCCGGGAGAUUGGAACAUCAAUGCGACUGAGAGGCACUUGCGGCGGAAGCUGUGGUGGGCCACGUUUUAUGCUGAUUGCUGGUCAGCAAUGUGCCAUGGGAACCCGUCGCAUAUAGCGAGUAAAUCAUAUACCACGACCCCACUAACAAUGGAGGAUAUGCGUUGGGAUGAAGAUGUUCCAGAUGAUGUGCAGUACCUAGUUGAGCCAGAGGAUAGGCGGUUCCAAGUCUCCACGGGAGCGAGAUUCUUGGAAAUGGUUGACGUUGCACGAUCGUUGCGAACAGUGCUGGAUUGCAGCUAUCAAGUAAACAACGAUUCGCAGGCCAGAGGUAAUAACCUCGCGCAAGCCGAAACAGAUAUCCUCGCCGUAGAGGCUAGGCUCAAAGAGUGGGCAAGUUUAAUCCCUUCAUGCCUCGACUUAAAAAAGGAAGCACAGGAUAGAAGAAGUGUAGCCUCAUAUAACUGUCCCCUACAUUUGUCAUUCUACACUACUCAGGUUCUCCUCUACCGCGCUUUGAUGCACCCUUCGACGAGAGAGGCCAAGCUGAAAGCAAGCUCCAACCUCCGAAAGUGGUUUCCUGAGGCGCUUCUAGCAUUCGAUGGAUUUGUACAAUUUAUAUUGCACCUGGACAAGAAUAAUAUGGCUGGAUUCUGGGGUCGUUAUGCAAGAUCACAAUUUGUCCUGUGUGGAAACUUUCUCGUAUUUCUCUUCUUAGUCGCCUCCGAACGUGGUGAUAUAGAGCACGCAUACGGCUUACUCGAGACAUUUCACCAAGCUAUGAAUAGCUUAUGGGAUGUCAGUAAUGAAGAGGUGACAGCGUUACUCCGAGCGGCCAAGGAUCGCAUUGAUUCAUUCUUUUCUCAAGCGGCGCAAGUCAUACGUCGAGGAACAACCGAUGGAGGCGUUACUCUUCUAUAAGUCGGUCAAUAAUGCCUCUACAGCUUCAUAAUUAAAUGGAUGUUAAC